CUCCUCGUCUGGACUCUGGUGGGUCACUCUUCUAUCAGUUCUUCGGAUUGUACGAUGAAAACCAGAGCUCUUUUGCACACCGGCUACUGUCUGUUUUUUCUUCUGUCUGAUUCAGGGGUUUGUGGCUCUGAGGCCGAGCACAGGCUCUUCUCAGUCAUCUUCUCCAGUUAUAACCAGUACAUCAGACCGGUGGAGAACGUGUCCGAGCCCGUCAUCGUCCAGUUUGAGGUGUCCAUGUCACAGCUGGUCAAAGUGGAUGAGGUGAACCAGAUUAUGGAGACCAAUCUCUGGCUGCGACACAUUUGGAACGAUUACAAGCUCCGGUGGAAUCCCAAGGAUUUCGGAGGCGUUGAGUUCAUCCGUGUGCCGUCCAACAAGAUUUGGAAGCCAGACAUCGUGCUGUACAACAACGCAGUCGGUGAUUUCCAGGUGGACGACAAAACGAAAGCUCUUCUGCGCUACAACGGAGACGUCACCUGGAUCCCACCGGCCAUCUUCAAGAGCUCCUGCAAGAUCGACGUCACCUUCUUCCCGUUCGACUACCAGAACUGCACCAUGAAGUUCGGCUCGUGGACCUACGACAAAGCCAAGAUCGACCUGGUGCUCAUCGGCUCCACCAUCAACCUGAAGGAUUUCUGGGAAAGCGGCGAGUGGACGAUCAUCGACGCUCCCGGAUACAAGCACGACAUCAAGAAACAGUCAAUCCUUCACGAUCCGUUUCUGUUUCCGACGAACGAGGCCAAGGAGGUCCAGGACGACUGGAAGUAUGUGGCGAUGGUGAUUGACCGGAUCUUUCUCUGGGUGUUUGUCCUCGUGUGUAUUCUGGGUACGGCUGGACUCUUCCUGCAGCCACUGCUGAUGAGCGAAGACAUGUGACGACUUCACAUCCCAGCAUUUUCAAGAAGAUUUCUAAGUACCCACACACUUGUCAAUUCCUAUUUCCAUCAAAGUCAUGCAACCCGGUUACAUUACAUAAGGCUAAAAGACAUUUGGCCGAUGACUGGACCGAAUAUUUGGCCUGUAGAUGGAGUAUCAGAGGCUUGUGCAACUAGCAGAGUACUCCUAAAUUAAUAGUCCUCAAAAAAUGGAUCCACUCAUUUAUUUGCCUUUUGAGUUGUUCCAAGUCCAUGUGGUCUUUCUUUUUUCUUUUUUUCCAUGUUUCAUAGAUCACAGUAAGCUCCAAAAUGAGAAAGAAGCACCUUAAAAGUAGUCUGUACAAACAUGUGUGCUGUAGUUUUUGAAGUCAUAAUCAACAGAGUGAAAUCACAGCUGCUCGCUGAUAAUCUGUGUAUGAAUGAAUGGGUUCAGUUCAUAAUAAUAAGACUUAUUCCGUCAAUUUGAGUCCUUGUAAUGUGUGACGAUUCUAUAAUAUAAUAUAUAAUAAUGAAUAUAUCAGCAUGCAGGUUUGGACUGAAAAUAAUAACGGGGUCUUUAUUUCCGAAUCUGUCUGUAAACUCACACAUCCCUUCAUGAGAUACGACUGCUGUUUGGCACGUAUGGUCAUUUUGUUACAUUAAAAUAUUUUAAACUUCUUGUGAGACACGUUUUUAAAAACACAGACUUGGGCAAAGUCACCAUCUCCUUGUGUGAGUGUUGUAACAGCUUACUUUCAGGUACAAAGCGCCACCUAGUGGAUCCUUUGAGCAGGUCCCUGGUAAAAAAAAAAAAAAAGACGAGACCUUUCUGUGUAAUAUAAGACACGGGUCUCCAAAACAGUAAAAAUGUUUUUUUGAACAUGCAAUGGGUGUCUGUUCACUGUACAUGUUCAUAUAUUCUUAAUGUAUCCUGAUGCACAUUUUUAACCUUUCAAGGAA